AGGAGGAGGAUCGCGGGAGGGAUUAUGGACGAUCGGGCGUUGUUUUGCGCAUAACGAGCGGUGUUUGUGACGUGGGAAUCCGCGCAAAUAGCGAUGGGCGGUGGCCGCAAAACGUCGCGGCUGUGCCGGCUGUUCCUCGCGGUUUUAUUGCGCUGCUGCGCCGCUCAGAUUUCCUUCUCCAUUUCCGAAGAGGUGGACAAAGAAACCGUGGUGGGAAACCUUGCGAAGGAGUUAAAUGUCAACGCGAGGGACCUUCAAACUCGGGAUCUCAGCCUGGUGUCUGCUUACAGUCAGGAAUACUUCAAGGCCAAUUUUCGAACAGGGGAGCUUUAUGUUGCAGCGCGAAUCGACCGCGAGGAGCUGUGUCCGAAGGCGACGAAAUGCACUCUCAACUUGGAGGCCAUCCUCCGAAGCCCGAUGUCGCUGCAUCGAAUUGAGGUGCUGGUCGAUGACGUGAACGACAACGCGCCUCGCUUCGUGGAGGAGUCGCACUCGCUCAACGUGUCCGAAUCCUCGCCGGCGGGCGAGCAUUUCUUGCUUCCUCUGGCGCUUGACGCUGACGUCGCAGCAAACUCGGUGAAGACUUACAAGCUGAGUGCAAAUGAAUAUUUCGCUCUUGACGUGCAAGGCGGCGACGGCGAGCAAAGUGCGUCGGCUGAGUUGAUGCUGAUCAAAGCUUUAGAUAGAGAAAAACAAGCCGCGAUUAAAUUAACACUUACCGCCGUUGAUGGAGGAAAGCCUUCCAAAAGUGGAACGUCGUUGUUGACGGUAAAUGUUUUGGAUGUUAACGACAACUCGCCGACGUUCAGUCAAGCGCUGUACAAGGCUCGCGUGCAAGAAAAUGCGCCCUUUGGGUCUUUAGUCGUUCAGUUAAGUGCGACAGAUUUCGACGAAGGAGACAACGGGAGGCUGACGUUCGCCUUUGUGAAACGCGCACAUUUUGACCCCGCAGACGUGUUUUUGAUAGACGCAGACACGGCUGAGGUGACUGUAAAAGGCCGUUUGGAUUAUGAGGCGCAAGCAGCGUACGAUAUUCACGUCCAAGCAGCCGACCACGGUUUGUCGCCUCGGAGGGCCAACGCAAAGCUCCUCGUGGAAGUGCUCGACGUGAACGACAAUGCCCCAGAAAUUGUCGUGACGUCACUCAUGAACCCCGUGAAGGAAGAUGCUGAGCGAGGAAGCGUCGUGGCUUUGGUGACGGUGACUGAUAAAGACGGGGGGAAGAAUGGCAACACUCAAUGCAAAUUAGGGUCCGCUGCACCUUUUCACCUUAAGUCUAAUUAUAGAAACUAUUACUCUCUCGUUGUGGAUGGCCCCCUAGAUAGGGAAGAAUACGCCUUUUAUAAUGUCACUCUUGUUGCGAAUGAUGAGGGGAAACCUCCUCUAUCCAGUGCAAGUUUAAUCGCCAUUCACAUUGCUGACGUGAAUGACAACGCGCCACGUUUCUCCGAAUCUGUGAUUAAUAUUUAUGUCAAAGAAAACAGUCCUGCGGGAGCAACUAGCCACAGAAUAACCGCAAAAGAUUCCGACAUGAAUGAGAAUGCAAGAGUGACGUAUGCAUUGUUGGGAGAUGCAAAUGGAAUUCCAAUAUCGUCAAUGAUCAACAUCAACCCGGAGAGCGGCGACAUCGUCAGCUUGCAGUCGUUCGACUACGAGACGCUGCAGACGCUGGAGUUCAAAGUUCAGGCCACGGACGGCGGCGUCCCUCCGCUCAGCGGCAACGUGAGCGUCAACCUUUUCAUCCUGGACCAGAACGACAACAGUCCCCGCAUUCUGCCGCCCUAUUCCGAGCACGGCUCGGCCAACGGCGAGAGCGUCCCCUACUCCGCCGAAGCGGGAUACUUUGUGGCGAAGAUCAGGGCCGUGGACGCCGACUCGGGUUACAACGCGCUGCUCUCCUACCAGCUGUCGGAGCCCAAAGGCGGCAACGGGCCGCUCUUCCGCAUCGGAAGCGGCAGCGGGGAGAUUCGGACCAGGAGGAGAAUGAGCGAGGAUGACCUGAAAAGUCACCCCUUGGUGGUGUCGGUGUGCGAUCACGGAGAAGCCUCCCUGUCGGCGACGGUGUCCAUUGAUGUGCUGGUGCUUGAAAGCACAGCUGACAUCCGCACUCAGUUCAGACAUGUGCCCAGAAAGGAGGAGAGCUUCUCCCGUUUGCACUUGUAUCUGCUCAUCGCCAUCGCGGCCGUGUCGCUGGUCUUUCUGCUCAGCCUGCUGGCUUUCGUAGCCUUCAAAUGCCGCAGACGGACGGACGGCGGCGCCCCCGUGAUUGCCGCCCACCCCGACGGGAGCUGGUCUUACUCCAAAGCGACGCAGCAGUACGACGUGUGUUUGGGCUCCGACACGCUCAAGAGCGACCUGGUGCUUUUCCCCGCGGCCUUUCCGCCCGCCGAGGCCGAACUGAUCAGCAUUCACGGAGGCGACACCUUCACCAGGACUCAGACCUUGCCAAACAGCGAGAAGGUAAUGUAG